AUGCAUAAUUCUUGUUAUAGUAUUUCUAAAAGAUUUAUACCAAAGAAUAAUUUAAUUGUGAAAUCCUAUAGAAAUAUAACCAAGCUUAGUUACAUAUAUGCUAAAAGAGACAUAAACCUUCUAUGGCACGCAGAAAGCAUGCUGGUGUCGUACAACAACCAGAUUUUAUGGAGCUCAUUUAUUUGUGCGAGAGAAGUUGAAAAGGACUGGAAUCUAAGGAGGCAACUGCUAUUAAUUCUAUGCCUUCCCGAAAUAUAUGAAGAUCUUUUCUAUAUGAAGUAUGAGGAAAUUGAUUUGCUGAGGAAAAGAAUCCUGGCAGGCUCUCUUUUCAAAAAAUAUAAAAGACUAAGUGAUCAAUUUUGUAUUAUAGAAUACUUAUAUGGAAAAGUUCACAAUAACAGUAAGAUUAUGCAUGAUUCAUACCAAAGAAUACUACAGAUUAAAAUUAGUCCUUCUUUACAUAUGCAUACUGACAUUAGUAUGUAUCAACUUGUAUAUAAGCUAUUUGCUUAUUUCUACAAAUAUUCUUUCUACUUAUAUAAAACCCAUAAUAAUGACCAUAUAAAUAAUCCUUCUUUUUUAGAGCAUAAUAACAGUAAUUAUUUACACAUGAAAAAUUAUACAAAAAUACAUUCAGAUGGUAAAAAUGCAUAUCAAGGAAAAGGGGUUGUUUUAGAAACCAGAAUUAAAAUUUAUAGUAUUACAUUUAAAUACAAUAAUACAGAGAAUAAUAAUAGGGCAUUGGAUAAUAUAACAGAAAAAAAGGUAUCUUAUCAUUAUAAUUGGAAAAACCGCAUAGUGAUAUCUUAUACACAGCACUAUCAUGUUCAGCUUGUAGAUAACAGUACGCAUUGCAUGCAUGUUAUACAUCUUCCAUUUUUUGUAACUACAGAGAAUGGCACUACAGCGUAUCACUAUAUACACACAAUUGAGGAAAUUGCAAAAUAUAUAAUAGACACAUUCUAUGCUACAGCUAUAAAUGACAGUAAAAAACCGUGCUAUAAUGUAUAUCCAUUUAAAUACAGCAGAAA